AUGGUGAAGCAACUGAAAGAUUAUUUAGAAUAUAACGGCUACCCAUUAAGUGUCUGCUGGAGUGAGGACGCGACUAGAAUUACUGGUGGAGUCGAAUAUAGGUCUACUACAGACCAGCUCAGUGGCCUUGUUGCUCCACUAAACGAAACCAGUGGCCUACCAAUCACAGGAAUCUUCGAUUGUGAAUCGCCUCAACGGGUAAUUGAAAACAUAAAAAAGUAUCCAGUGGGUAGAAACGUUCAACUUGCUAUGGCGCAGCCUAUUGCAUUGAACGCAGCACCAUUCUGUGUACUCUAUUACUGCACUGAUAAUAAGUUUGAUACUACAUCGGUGCAGAAAAAAUGGUAUCAUGUAACAGAGGAAUUCAAAAAGGUCGGAAUUUCGAUCGCAUGCAAGGCUACUGAUGGGGACAGCCGAUUCAUUGGGGCUAUGGUAAAGGAAAUGGGUUUAGAUAAUCCAGGCACCAACCAACCAAACGAAUUUGGCAACUGGUUCAUAUCGCUAGAAAGCAUAGUCUAUGUCCAAGACCCAACUCAUCUGGCUAAUAAAUUGCGGACAAGACUGAUGAAAACCAGCAAACCACUCAUAUUAGGGAAUUUCAAUGUAUCUUGCAUACAUUUGAUGGAGUUAGUGUCUACUGUGUCUAAGGAUCAGCAUGGUUUAUCUUUAAGUGACAUUAACGAUACCGAUAAAAUGAAAUUUCGGCCUGUAGAGAAGAUGACGGAAGACCGAGUAAUCUCGUGUCUUCAACAAGUUCCAGGCAGUGAAGCAACGGCAAUAUUCUUACAGGCAAUACGAAAAGCCAUGUCAUCGUACAUGGACUCAACACAAACACCAUUGCAGAAAGUGCAUGAUAUUUGGCACACGUUAUUUCUGAUUAGGAGCUGGCGCAAUUGGUGUAUUAAAAAAUAUCAUAACAUUCAGCACUGCGUAACGACGAAUGCAUAUUGGGGACUGGAAAUUAAUGCUCAUGCAUUAAUUAACUAUAUUGUCCAUUGUCGGAACAGCAACAAUGAAUUCCAUACCACGCUGCUUCAAAGCCAAACAUGCGAAGGGACGUUUAGAGAUGCUCGAGCUUUCACGUCAACUGAAUCCACGGUUGUAAAUUUCACUAUUCAGGGGUUCGAGUCACGACUCAACAAAAUUCAAUUCAAAAAAGACAUCAUGCAUCGAAACGAACAUACUUUAAAUUUUCCAAGUAUGAAGAGACAACCUUGUGAAGCAGAUGUACUUUUUGAGAUGCCAACAAAUAUGGAUAUUAAAGAUGCAGUUGAAUAUGCACAGCAGUCAGUUCGAGAAAUUUUGCUAGAACUGGGCGUGGAUGCGGAAGAUAUUUCGUUUGAAAGCAGUAUAACUACCCACAAACCAACAUUAAAGUUGACAAGUGACUGCGGUGAUUUUGAAUUCAUUUCAAUACCAGAAGAAUUUGAACCUUGCGUGCCAAAAAAUAAUGAGGAUGUACAUGAUGCAGUGGAACUAUUCGAUAAUAUCGGUGAAGAGCUCAUGCUACCUGAUUCCAGAAACUAUAAAAAUGUAUUCAAGAUAAGAAACCAACGCAACAAAAUCGUGCAUGUUAAAAAACGAACAUUUUUGUGGAUGCUUACGUUAGGAUUGCAGAAAUGCUCGGUAGAUCGUACGUAUCGGUUCUUUGAUAAGCAAGCCAAGAAAAAUAAACCACGCUAUGCUAAUGAAACCUUUAAGGAUAUCGUUACUGGAGAAUAUUUGCUGAUGAAGGAAAAAGAGCAACUAAGCGUUUUCAAAGUGUACGGAUUCAAAUAUUUAAAAGGAAAAAAACAAUCAUACACUCUAUCAACUGUUCCUACAAAAGCUCCUGAAAAUGUAGCGCCCAGAGGAAUAGGACUACUGGGUAGCAAAUUCAAAAUAAUUGAAUGCGAUGGAGACUACGUUUUAGAAUUUACAAGCAACAAUGUUGUUAUAGAUGUGAAACACUAUGUAUCUCAUUUGCUGAAGCCGUCUGCCCUAUCCGCAUUAUUCUAUUACCCAGGAGAGUGCGUGACAUACAUAAAUAGCUUCAAUGUUUACAAAAAUGACACGGACUCCAGUCGGGACUACACAUUGGAUGCAGCCGUCUCCAAGGAUGCCUGCAACGGACGAGCUCCGUUGCUACACGAUCCUACCAUCUUCGGCGGAAGAAAUGUUGUCAGGAUAAAGUUCCUGAAGACCACCGAAGACGCCUUCGCAGUCGAACGCAGCAUCCAGCACUUGAACAACAGUCCAAUCGGAAAUGAUGCUAGCAAAAUUCAGAUUGCAUUUUCCAAGCAGAACUACUUGUCAGAGCCCAUCAACCCCUACACCCUGCCGGACAAUUCGAUUAGCUUCAAGGACUACAGCGCCUCCAAGAACAAUCACUUCCUUUCGUUGACCCAGGCCAGCAAAAAUCGAAUUCUCCACUGCUUCAAUACCCCACCCGUAUGCCGUCCGAAGAUCUGCUGCUGA